AUGAUUAUCUCUGGAAGCGCGGGUUCUCGUAACCCUGAAGCUGGCGCGACUCCAUCUUUUCCUGAAGAUGACGAAGCUGAAGAAGAAGAUGCUGGUGCCCAGCUUAUUGGGCGGAAGAGGGGUAGGAGCGAAGCCAGUAGGAGCGAAGCCACGACUGGUGUGGCUUCCGCCCCUACAUCUGUUGUGAUUCCCGUGGUUGGGAAAACGAGCAAGCUGCGCUCGUUAUACAAAUUUUCUCCUGAAAUCAAGAAGAAGACCCCUGAGAAGGGUGUCACGUUCAAUGAGGCUGCGGCGAAAAGGCCCAAGAUUACCGUCAAGUCCACUGAUACUGCUGCUCAGGAUGCCGCGAAGGCUGCUGAGGCGCAGCGAAAGGUGGAGGAGGGUCGGAAGAGAGAGGAAGAGAAGAAGAGGGUUGCGGAGGAGGAGAAAAAGAAGGAAGAAGAAGAGAGGAAGAAUAAAGAGGAGGAGAGAAAAAGAAAGGCGGAGGAAGAGCGUUUGAAGAAGGCGGAGCAUGAGAGGUUGGCCGAGGCGGCGAAGAAGAAAACCUUGGAGAAAGAGCUAGAAGCGAAAAAGGCUAUGGAUCAGCCUCUUAAAUCUCAAGGUCCUGAGGUUACAAACCCUACCCACUCUGCUCCUGUCCUUACUUCCAAGGGUGCGGGUCGACAUGCUUCGAGCAGCGCGAGCUCUGGUGGUGCAGGGGGUUUUAACCCAAACGUGGUCGGGGCGAAGGAUACCGUCGGCGAUAUCUACUACAAAACUUACAAUGAAGAAGAACGCGGCGAUGCUCCUCACCAAGCCCCUUGGAGCUUAAAGCAAAAAGAUACAUUUCAUGAAUUUGCCCCUUGCCGCGAGUGGUUUUUGAAUUCGUUUACCCCGGCUGAAGUUAACCGGCAAAGGGCGAAACCCCACGAAAUGUUAUACCGCACCUUUAUACUUGGAGAGGCCAACGCUCGUGCUGCCAAUCACCAGAUAGUUCGUGAAUGGCGAACAAUGGUUAGAGAGCGCGCCGACUGGGAGGCUUAUCGUGAGCGCUCGUUAAAACGAAUAGCUGAGUUUGAAAAGUCUAAGGCUGCUCUUGGUGAGGAGAGAGCCAAAUUUGAAGCCGAUAAGAGGGCCGAAGCAUGGGGCCGCGAGGGCCUGCAAAAGAAACUUCAUAAUGUUGAAGAGCAACUGGCCAAAGAAAAGGCCGAGUUUAAACGUAUUUGUGCCCAAGACAACGAGCGCGCCUAUACGGCUCGACAGAAGAUAGUUGAUCUUGAGGCUAAAGUUGCUGACUUGACCGCGAAGGUAGAGGAGGCACAAGGAGAGAAGGCUGCUAAGCAACAGGUGGAGCCUAAGUUGUUUUGUCGGUCUCCAGGUUGA